AAGAGAAUCUUUAUUUCUUGCUAGAUAAGUGUCCUAUAAAGGAUCGGAUUUCAAUUUUAGGAUAAGAUUUUAGGUCUGUCUUCAACUUUUCUUCACAUCUUUUAUUUUUCACAAUGGCUGACGUCAAAUUACAAAGAAGCUUACAACGGUUCCAGAGUAAAAUCGACGGUGGUGCCUUCUACGAAGCCCAUCAGACAUUGAGAACCAUCACCAAUAGAUACGUAAAGGCAAAACAAUACCAAGAAGCCAUUGACUUGCUUUAUCAAGGUUCUUCCAUCUUGUCGAAAAACAAAGAAUAUGCCUCCUCAAGCGAUUUGAUAUCGUACUUGAUCCAGGUCUUCGUUGAAAGUGGAGUUACGGUUGCGGACAAUAAGGACCUCAAACUUAAGUUAAUUGAGUUGAUUACCCAUUUACCAGAUUCAGACCCUAGUUUGAACGACUUAGCCAAACAAGCUCUAAAGUGGUCUCAGGGUAAGGACGAGAAGGACAAGUUUGGUGAUGUAGAUUUACACCAUAUCUUUGGUGCCAAGUACUUGAACUACUUGAAGAACGAUAACGGAGAAACCAUCAAGAAUGACGAUGAAAGACAAAAGGUAUUUGCCGUCACCGAAUUACAUCUCAUCUUGGGAACUUAUGAAUCAUUGCCAUUAUACGUUAACUAUUUGUACCAGUGGGCACAGGUUGAUACUUCUAUCGAUGCUGGUUUGUUUUUAAGUAGAGCAGUCAUCAACUACGCUUACUUGAAGAACAUAAAGUUUGCCAAUGAAGCUAAAGACCUUUUUUUAAAACAGUUGUCGGAGGAUAAGUCCGGUUCAGAUACCAUUGUAGAGGGGCAAACAGAAAUAGUCUAUUAUGAACAAUUCCCAAUUCUUUCAUUCUUGCAAUUGCUUCUUGUUACUCUUGGAAAACAAAAUGAUUCAUCUAACGGCCAGAAAUUCGUCAAGUUGUACAACCAUUACAAGGUGACAUUGUCGGCAGCUGACCUUCUUCCUCCGGUAGAAUACUUAGGUAAGCUCUAUUUUGGGUUAAAGCUUGGCAACGCCACUGGCGGGCUGAACAUGUUGGCGAAUUUGAUGGGCGAUUUCUUCAAGUAAAAAUUGUAUAAAUAAAUGUGGAAUUCGUA